AUGGUGAUUGCUGCUCCCCCAGAGAUCAGGCAGUUGCGAGAACGCAAGUCGAAGAGAGAGCUAGAGUUGCUCAAGUGUGCCAACGAGGCGAUCCUUCUAGCUAUCCGACAAACACACAAACAAAUGCACAUUGGCAUGCGCGAGUCCGACGCCCGAAACCUCAUCGCACGCGCCCUCGCCGACGCCGGAUUAAAAGAAGGUGGAUGCCUUACCUUAUUCGGAGAAAACGUCGCCCUCCCCCACGGAAGCGGCACAGAUCGCCGUCUCCGCCCACAAGACUUUGCCUUAUUCGACUCUUUACACGGCUACUGGAGCGACGUCACACGCACACUCGCUCUCCCCGCCUCCACCAUCCCUGAUAUCCAUCUCCAAAUAUGGAACUUUGUGCACUCAGCGCAGAAUAUCGCGUUUGGGACUGCCCAUGCAGGUGUAGUCGCCAAGCGCGUCGACGAGGCGACGAGACUCUUCCUUGGUCUCACGGGGUAUGCAUGUUGAGAGACGCCUUCCCAGCCUACUACUCGUCACGUACAUUAUGUAAUUGUACCGUAUUACGGGGGAGAUCGAAGGUCAAGGCUUUUCAGCUCUUGACCUUCAUCCCCAGUUCUGGCACGUACCGCUGCGCUAAAUAACCUGCUCUCAACAAUACAGAGUACUUUACGCACUGCCUUGGACAUGGAAUUGGCUUGGAGGUCCAUGAGGAUCCGUACUUGAAUGGCGGGAGCGAGGUUGUUCUUCAGACAGGUCAUACUUUCUCCGACGAGCCUGGGGUGUAUAUCGAGGGCAAGGUCGGCGUGCGC